AUGGCUGCUGAUCUUGUUCUGAGUCAGCUCCAUUAUAUGGUGCCAGAAGAAUCUAAACAUGGAACAUUUGUUGGGAGAAUUGCUCAAGAUCUUGGUCUGCAGAUCAGUGACAUUAAUGCCAGAAGAUUAAGAAUUGUCUCUAAGGAUGACACAGACUAUUUCCAGGUAAAUUUACAAAAUGGGAUAUUGUUUGUUAAUAAGAUGAUAGACAGAGAACAAUUGUGUCCAAAGACUAAUGUUUGUAUUAUUCAGUUAGAAAUAAUUUUAGAUAAACCUGUACAGAUUCAUCAUGUAGAUGUGGAAAUUGAAGAUAUAAAUGAUAACUAUCCCAUUUUUUCAUCUAAUGAAUUCAAAUUAUUCAUAGUUGAAUCCAGGUUGCCAGGCUCUCGCUUCCCACUAGAGGGUGCUGUUGAUGCUGAUGUUGGAACAAAUUCUAUCAGAAACUAUGAACUCAGUGCAAGUGAAUACUUUGCAUUAGAUAUUCAAACAUAUACACAGAAAAGCAAAUCUGUUCAACUUGUGUUGAAGAAGAUACUUGACAGAGAACAGAUCGCUUGUCAUACACUUGCCUUUACAGCAUAUGAUGGGGGCAAUCCAAAAUUAAGUGCCACUGCUGAACUUAUCAUCACAGUUCAAGAUGUGAAUGAUAAUGCUCCUGCUUUUGACAAGUCAUUUUACACAGUAAAUUUAUUAGAAAAUUCUCUGAAAGGAACUGUUGUCACUAAGUUAAAUGCAACAGAUUUAGAUGAAGGGGAAAAUGGGGAAGUAAUUUAUGCAUUUAAUAAAGUAGUGCCACAAGAAGUUACAUCAAGAUUUAGCAUAGAAAAACAUACUGGCAUUAUUAGAGUUAUGGGGGAGGUAGAUUUUGAAAGUUAUAAUAUUUUCGAAAUUGAGGUUGAUGCUGUUGAUAAAGGCCAGUAUGCUCUUGCUGGACACUGUAAAGUGAUAGUUAACAUAAUUGAUCUGAAUGACAAUCCUCCUGAAAUGACAGUGACUUCUCUCAACGUUCCUGUUCCUGAGGACAUAUCUGUUGGGUCAGUUGUUGCUGUCAUCAGUGUUCAUGACAGAGAUUCUGGACUGAACGGGAAGGUGAACUGUCACAUCUCUAAAACUGUUCCUUUCAAAAUAAAAUCAACACUAAGAGAGUACUUUUCAUUGAUAGUGGAUGGAGAUCUAGAUCGGGAAAAAGUUUCUGAAUAUGAAAUUGAAAUAAUAGCAACAGAUGAAGGUUUGCCGUCCUUUUCGGUAAGUAAAUUAAUAAAGGUACAAAUAAGUGAUGUGAAUGAUAACUCUCCAACCUUCAUCCAAGUAUCGGAAACAAUAACUAUAAAGGAAAACAAUCCUCCAGGUUCUCAUGUAUAUACAGUAUCAGCUUCAGAUUCCGAUAUUAGUCAGAACUCUUUCAUCACAUACUCCAUUAUAGACAGUUCCAUUGAUGGAAUUCCUAUAUCUUCCUUCAUCUCCAUCAACCCAGAAAAUGGAAAGGUAUUUGCUUUGCUAUCAUUUGACCAUGAACAGGUAUCGUAUUUUAAGUGUCAGGUAAAAGCUAGCGAUGCUGGAUUACCUCCACUCAGCAGCAAUCUUACAGUGAAUAUAUUUAUUGCGGAUAUUAAUGACAAUGCCCCAAUCAUUCUCACACCCUUUUCUAAUAGUGAAUCUAAAAUGACAGAGUUAGUUUCAAAAUCGGCUAAAGAAGGUCAUCUUGUUACUAAAAUCAAAGCAAUUGAUGCAGACUCUGGAUACAAUGCUUGGAUUUCUUAUGGAUUUAAGGAUCUUACUCAAAAUGUUCCAUUUGCUAUUGGACGCCAAACCGGAGAAAUCACAGUAAUUCGUCCCCUCACCGAGUUAGAUGGAAAUGAAUACAAAUUGACUAUUUUGCUGAAAGAUCAUGGAGAACCAGAAAUGUCUGCAACAUUGACAAUAGCUAUCAUACUUGUUGAAUCUGGGCAGGAUCUGCCAUUAGAGAGAAAGACCUAUCCUAACAGAAAAGAUGAUGAAUUUCCAGAUGCUAAUAUUUAUCUCAUUAUGGCAAUUUGUUUAAUUUCCACCGUAUUCCUUAUAACACUCAUUGUGUAUACUGUCUUACGGUGGCAGAAGUAUACACAAGAAAUUAGUGCACUGAAACAACAUAAUUUCUGCCCAAGCAUUGCAGGAAGCUGGACUUACUCUCAACAGCGUCAGUAUAAGGUUUGUUUGAGUGGAGGACCACCCAAAAAUGAUUUAAUACUUUUUACUCCAAACUAUCCUCAAGCAUUAGUGGAUGACACAGUUUCCAAAAAUGGGAGCUUGACAUCAGAAGUUGCUGGACAGGUAAGAUUCUACUGA